ACUAUUUUUACUUGUGGCAACAUUAUAGUUAUUGAUGUAUGCAGUGGGCGGGAGGGCGAAUUUUCCUCCUUUUUCCCCCGCGCAGUUUGGGUGCGCGACGGGUUUGAAAUAUACGUAGUUACAAAUAGAAAAUAUUUGCUGAAUUUAUUUAAAUCUAUAAAACGGGAAAUAUACGCCAUUCAUCAUGACUAUAUUAACGAAGCCGAAUGCUUUCAUCCAAAUAAAGAAGGACAUGACAAAAUGUCCCGUGCCCGACGAAACUAUUUUAGUGGAGGAGGAGAAGGUGGAGACCUACACCCCUAAGCCGACGCCAUGCGGCGGCGUGAGCGUGGGGCUGCUGGUGAUCCUCCUGUCCGUGGUGGGGAUCUACUCGGGGAUGUACCUGUUCCGGCGCUGCCUGCAGCCGCAGCCGCGCUACCAGGGCUUCUGCUCCAUCCCUAUUGAUACCAAGCAGUUGCCGGAGUCGGCCCUGAUCGAGCAGAACUACCGCAUGCUCCCGAUCCGCUGGUCGUCCUCCCCGGACCCGGACGUGCAAGUAUUCGCGCCCGACGACUCAACCGCCAACGAGGUCGCCAACUUCCUGCGCGAGGAGCUGGACAUCGGCGACGAGGUGGAGAAGAUCACCGUGUUCGAUAAUGGACGGCAGACCAGCUUCAUUCACGACUUUGGCGCUAACUUCACUGGCAUAGUGGACACCGACCGCUGUUUCACGAUGGAGCUGGACCCCCAGCUGGUGCUCGCUCCGGAGGCCUUCGUGCUGAGCAUCCAGCAGGGCGGCGACUUCGACGUGACGCGCGUGCGCUCCACGCUGCGCGCGCUGCUGCCCGCGCUGCCGCGCCGCGCCCUGCCCGAGCUGUGCCGCGGCAAGCCCGUCUACCGUCUGCAGAGCUCCGAGACCACCAUCCGCAAACGCUCCGUGGAGCCACCGGCCGACUACGUCCAGUUCUCGGGCCGCCACAUCCACGAAAUCAAGAUCGAGAACCUCAACCACCUCAUCCAGAACGAGAAGGAGAACUAAACUCCCCUGCGGCGU